AUGGGAGACAAGGAUCUGCCACAGGUGCUGAAGCGCUGGAUUGUGGAGGAGCUGGAGCUGCCGGCCCGUGACCUGCCUCCGGACAGCUACUUCAGGACGUUGUGUCUGGGUCAGGGUGCUGACAUCUGGAAAUACAUCACUCGGCACGUUUACAAUGAGGGGGCGCGGCGCCGGGCGCUGACCCGGGAGAUCGAGGAGCUGCGGGCAGAGCUGGUGGAGCUGGACGCCCAGAUCGAGCAGUCGCAGGCGGAGCUGUGCAGUGACGACAGGGCUGUGGGUCAGUGCUGGGACCACUGCUCGGAGGCCAGGCGCAGGAGGGUCCUGCUCCAGGCGAUGGGAGUGCGCUGUGCCCAGGAGCGCCACUCUCUGUGGCAGGAUCGCCGGCGGAUCAGUGGGCACUGCCAGGCCCUGGCGGAGCUGGCCAGGAAAGCAGAAGUGGAGCUGGUUUUUGGGGAUCCCUCUGACAGCAGCACAGAUUCUCUGGGGUCCACAGGCCCUGAGCCCCAAGCUCUACGUGAGGUGAGAGAGCUGUGUGAGGACAGGCUGCAGUUCUUCUGGACCCUGCUGGAGAGCGAGCUGAAGGCUGCCCCCUUGAGUGGUGUACAUCUGUCUCAGGAGGAGCGCAGUGCUGUGUUUCAGCGUUGGCUCAGCUCAGUGGAGGACCUGAUGCGCACCCACCCUCCCAGCCACCUGCUCGCCGCCCUGCAGCACCUGGCCUCCCGGCAGCAGGGGGCGCUGCAGGAGAAGCUGGAGCAGCUCGACCUGUCGCGGGACGUGGCGGCUCUCGGGUUCCGCUACGAGAGUGACCACCUGCUGGACCUCUCCAAGGAGACGGCGGCGCCGCUGCCUUCGGUCAGGCUGCUCCUGCAGGAGGCCUGGGAGACGGUGGAGAGGUGCCAGGUCCAGCUGGCGGCGAUGCGGGCGCAGGACAGGCAGCAGAGCGCCCUGCUGCAGGCCAGGAAGAGCGAGGCUUUCCAGGCCGCGUGCGCCGGCGACGCCCAGGUCGAGCCCCUGCUCAGGGCGGCGCUGGAGCUGGAGCUGCAGCUGGCCAUGGAGACGGCGCUCCGGGACUCCCUGCAGCGCCAGGGCGAGGCGCUGGAGCAGGGCGCCCGCAGCCGCAAGGAGGCCCUCCUCGCCCUCCAGGCCAAGCGGCAGAACAUCAUGGACUUCCGGCAGCUGGUGGACAGGAAGCAGGAACAGAUCCGCAGUCUCAUCAAGGGAAAUUCCACAGCCAAGUCUGAGCUCUCCAGGGUCCACGCCGAGGUCCGCCGGUUCGUGCAGGAGAAGCUGCAGCGCCACCAGGGGGCCGUGGAGCGGGAGGCGGGGGCUCUGCACAGCGCCGUGUCCCAGGAGGUGCGGCAGGCGGCCGGAGUGUCCCUGGACGAGCUGGACCGCCGGCUGCUGGACGGUGUGCAGAGAGUUCCCGCUCGCAAGCUGUCCGUCCACCGCCUGGACUGCCCUGCCCUGCGCCGCGUGAGCGACGGCCUGGGCUUCGCGCUGUACAAGGCCCCAGAGCAGCUGAUGCCCCUGGCAGUCUCCAUGCAGCUGGAGCUGCGUUUCCUGCGCAGGCUGCUGCAGCUGCACACCACCUGCAUGCAGCACCGGGAUCAGCAGGUGGCACUGCUGCCAGCCCAGGACAUGGAAGCCAUGCUGCAGCGCGUGCGGACGGAGGACCAGGCGCGCGUGCGGGACCUCCUGCCCCGGGUGCGUCUGCUGUCCCAGCGCAGUGCGCAGUGUCUGGGGUACGGGGCAGAGGUCAAGAGGGCCAUCUCACACUGGUGGGAGCAGCCUGGCCAGUUCGUCCUGCCUGACCAGCGCAGAGGUGGGCUGACCCUGCAGCAGUGGCUGGAGAGGUGGAGGCUGGCAGCCAAGGGGCUGCAGUGAGGAGCCGCCGGCACUGAGCUGAGGAGCUGAGCAGACACGCAGGCGAUUGGCCUGUUCACACAGCUGCCCCUGGCAGUGCAGAGUCCCGAGACCUGCCCCCACACAGUCUGCAGCCAUGGGCACUGCUGGCCGGAGAGGCCUGUGAGUCUGUGAUGGCUGACUGGUGUACUUGUCAGCAGGUUGGUCAUGCUGACCAAUUUCUCCCUUCAGGUUUUUCUUCUUGUGUGUGCGUGGGUGGGUGUGAGUUUGCAUGAGAUCUGCCUGCUGCUGCAGCACUUGCUGUACCCAGCUGUGUGAACAGGCCUGGUGGCACUGGGCUGUGUGAAACCCAAGGCCCGACCUCCUGGUCCCACUACUUCAGAUCCCAGGAAGGUCCUGAAGGAUAUUUCCUGUUAUCCUCACUCUCGGUUUUGUAAUAGAUCCCACAGCCCAUCUGAAUCAAAGCCUGUGGUAUUUUUCCCUAAAAUAAAGUAGUUUGUAAUUGU